GACGAAGGUAAGACCAAGGGAUACGCCGACGACAUCGACACCUUGCUCGUCUUCGCCGGUCUCUUCUCCGCCAUCCUCACAGCAUUCGUCGUACAGACAUACCAGAUGCUCCAACCCGACAGCCAAGACACGACUAACCAGCUCCUCGCUUACAACAGCCAACUCCUCUCCCACGGCCACACCUACCCCGGAACUGACUAUCACAUCCCUCCCACCCUCAACAUGACCAUGACAUCCGUCCUCGAGUCCCAGUCAUUCUCUCCCUCAGCCUCGGCACGUUGGAUCAAUGUGCUCCUGUUCACCAGCCUUGUCCUCAGCCUCGCUGCCGCACUGUUCGGGAUCCUGGCCAAGCAGUGGAUCCGCGAGUACAUGCUUUGGAACUCGCCACUCGCGACGCCUCGGGAAAACGUAGUGGUGCGGCAGAUGCGAUUCGAGGACUGGGAGUCGUGGAACGUCGAUGCGACGAUCGCCGCCGUUCCCGCACUACUCGAGAUCGCAAUGGUACUCUUCCUGAUCGGCAUGGUGAUCCUUCUGUGGACGCUUGACGACGUUGUUGCAAUUAUCUUGACCGUCAUCGUGUCCGCGUUCCUCCUUACUGUGUCUGCGUUCACCAUCCUCCCUGUGCUCUUCCUCCGAUGUCCAUACCGCUCUCCGACGGCUCGAGCCUGCCUUGCAUUG